CCAUGGCAACCUACGCUCUUCAAAUGGCUGCCCUGGUGCUUGGUGGUGUUGGCAUGGUGGGCACAGUGGCUGUGACGAUCAUGCCUCAGUGGAGAGUGUCUGCCUUCAUCGAAAGUAACAUUGUCGUGUUUGAGAACCGCUGGGAAGGUUUGUGGAUGAACUGCAUGAGGCAUGCCAACAUCAGAAUGCAGUGUAAGGUCUAUGACUCCCUGCUGGCUCUUAGUCCAGACCUCCAGGCAUCCAGAGGACUGAUGUGUGCUGCGUCCGUCCUGUCCUUCUUGGCUUUCAUGACAGCCAUCCUCGGAAUGAAGUGCACCAGGUGCACCGGGGAGGACGAGAACGUGAAGAGCCGCAUCUUGCUGACGGCUGGAAUCAUCUUCUUCAUCACCGGCUUGGUUGUGCUCAUCCCUGUCAGCUGGGUUGCCAAUGCCAUCAUCAGAGACUUCUACAACCCGCUGGUGGAUGUGGCCCAAAAGCGCGAGCUUGGUGAAGCCCUCUACAUAGGCUGGACCACGGCGCUGGUGCUGAUCGCUGGAGGAGCACUGUUCUGUUGCGUGUUUUGCUGUACUGAAAGGAGUAACAGUUACAAGUACUCGGUACCAUCCCAUCGCACCACUCAGAGGAGUUUCCACGCCGAAAAGAGAUCCCCGAGCAUAUACUCCAAAAGUCAGUAUGUGUAGCUGUGUGUGUAUAUUUUAGCUGUAGCUAUAAAGCGAAGCUUUAUAAAUCACUGAACCAGCCACUAUUUUAUAGAAAUGGAACCCACAGUGUUUCCAUUUACCUUUCUUAACUGCCUCGUACUCAUUACAGGAAAUACGCAGCGUCUAUGAUUCCAUAAAUGAUUUUAGCAGAAUGAGGUAUUAUGCACACUGCUUCAAUUGUUCCAGAAAGCAUAGCCAUUUGUUUUCUAAAAUGGUUCACGCGGUUCUUCUUUUAUCAGUCACUCUAAGACGACCCAUCGAAAGACUGUUGGUUUAAGCUGCGAUUUCUCUGUGUCAUGGCAUUAUACAAGUAAUGCGAGUGGCAGUUAUAGCUCACACAAAUAGAGACAGGCUUAUGUGGUUCUAUUUAAAGUGAAAUGCCAAUCCAUCAGGCUGAAUAAACAGAACUCAGCUAUUGCAUUUCAGGGGACCUGGGGAUAAAAGGAAAGAAGGCUGAUAUUAAUUGCCUAAAAACAGCUUAAGGAUUAGUGCACUCUAUUUAUAGCAAAGGUUAAAAUGAAGGCUUUCAUCAUUAGUGUAAGGGAAACUGAAUGGCUUUCUGAUCGCCUGCUUUGCAGCCUCCAGGAGUUAAAAAUCCUGUCACCUUUAUCCUUUAUCCACGUGCCUUUUUUUUUUCUGAUUGUGUUCCUUAGUAUCUUUUAAAGUUUAAAGCAGAUAUUGUAACAAAAUAUUUUUUUUCUUCAGACUACGUUUGUAAGGCUGGGCUAACAAGAGAGAUAAAGCAGUGGUCUUAGAAAAAUUAACGUUUUCAGAAAAAUGACUUUACCUUAGCCUUUCUCUUUAGAGAAGAAUGUAUUGUUUUUAAAAUGAAGUCACAUCAUAUAAAAGGGGCCGUUCAAGUGCUAUUUGUGCAUACCUUUUUGGGAAUUUUUCUGUAUAAAUAAGAGAGGAAAAAGAAUAUUUUGUCAUUUACUUACCCCAAAGAGGUACAAUCCCUCCAAAUCCAAAAACUUGUCCUCUUUCAACUCUUGUCAUUCAAUCAAAGUUGUCAUUUCUGUUCUGUUGGAGGUGAUUUCCUCUUUUUCUAUGUCUUUGCUAAGUUUUAUUAAAGUGUGGUAUCACUGUGUGUUUCCUCCUAAUUUGAGACAACUAUUAAGGUAAUACCAAAUUUCAUAUAUAUGACUUUUAUAUUGGUAAAUUGUAUCUUUUAUAACAAUAUAGCAUUUCUUACAUUUACAUUCUUUUUCAUUACUUUGCACAAGUGUUUAAAACUUGGCAUUGACAAUUUAUGUUUGAACAUAGAUUUCGUGUUCAUUUUUUCUGGUGCGGUGUAGGAUUUAAAUCAAUUUACUUUAUAAUGACCUGACUCAUGCAUUAAUAUUUGAUUAAUAUAUUAAUAAUACUAAGUUCUACUUAGGUCCAGUGAAAUGUGUUUGCUGUAAAUAUUGUGUAUGUAAUCAUAUUUUUAAAAGUUGUCCAUAUGUAUUUCAACUUCUGAGAAUUCGUUUGAAUUAAAAACAAAGCUGAAUGAUUUGGGAGUAUGCACCAUAUUUAUGUGAAGUAUAUUAUUAAAACUUUGCAAUACUAA